UCACAUUGUGAGGAAAGAAGAAAGAGAAGAAGGCAAGGUUUUCAAUCUUCAUUCAACCAAAGAUCGGCAAGCCCGAGGUUGUAUUUCAAUUCGACACAUUUCUAUUAAAACCAUAAAUUUUUUUCCUUUAAUCAAAAAAAACGAAUUUCGAAAAGGAAUCAUCCGUUAGAGAAACCACGUCAUAAUUAAAACUCAGAAAUUUUUUUCCCGAACAGAAAAAAAGGUAGAAAAUGUUUAAAAAGUUUUUUCAUUUUCUUUUCACCGUAUAACCUCGAGUUCCCAAACCUUAACGCCACUCAUUUUCCAUUUCCGUAAGGCAAAACCCUAAAAAAAUUUCCUUUCUCUUGUUGUCUCGAUGGAGAGUUACGGGUCGGGUCAAAGGCCGUACGGGGUGGAUCGUCGGAUGGAGAUAGUAAGCGGGAAGAGUUCGAGCGUUGGACCCAAUCAGAUUUUCUCGACUCGUUCCCGCUCCCCCGAUUUACCACCCGCUCCGAUUCGGACGGCUCGUCCGAUUCAAGGGACAUCGAAGCCGUGGGGUUUCACGGAUCCCGAGAUGAAGAGGAAGAAGAGGAUAGCGAAAUACAAGGUUUACACGGUGGAAGGAAAAGUGAAGGCUUCUUUGAGGAAAGGGUUCCGUUGGAUCAAGAACAAGUGCUCGCAGAUCGUCCAUGGAUACUAAAGGGGACUAUAUUUGCGGCUCAGGUUGUGUACAUGUCGGACGGAGGAUGGGAACCAGUGGUGCAGUGGCAAGAUCUUGAUGAAAUUGAUAGUUUUGACAUUUUGGUGCUGAGAAAAGCUGUGGGUAAGUAAGAUAUACCAAUAAGACGCAACCCAAGAUAUAAAUUUCACCAAUUUUUUCAGAAAAUAAAAGAUUAUUUUUUUCUUUUGCUUUAUUCUUACCAAACCAUUGGAAAACAAGAUUUAAUUUAUGAACGGGAUAGCUGUUUAAAAUUUAAAUGUCAAAUGACUCUGUUUUAUUUUAUUUUUUUUGUUUUUUAUGUCUGGAUUAUUAGAUUUAUUGUAACUUCAUUAUUCCAAUUAAUGAUGUGAAAGGUCCUUUGCCUUGCUUAAGUUU